UAACCCGUAGUCAGCCGCACAAAGCUCUCGGAGGAAGAAUCAUCAUGAAGCUGUCAUCUGUUGUCCAAGCCUAUAUACCUCUCUAUCUGCUGCUUGCAGAUGGAUUUCCAGUUUCCAAGGAUGAAUGUCCAGAGAUCAUUGGGCCUGAUCACGUUCAAAUAAAAGCUCAUCCAGGUGACCCGCUGCUUCUUCACUGUGACGCGUUUGCAAACUGUGAAGUUGACAUGGCCGUCAUUUAUUGGCUCGUAAACGGCACUUUCCCUGAAGAAGCUCCCAGCAGUGGCAGAAUAGUAGAAUCAGAUGAAUCGACUUUAGAGGACGGCGCCAUCCUCCAGAGGAGUUUGCUGUUGAAGAACGUCACAUCAGAGGACCUCAAAUCCACCUUCACCUGUGUUGUGACCAAUGCUGCAGGGACAGCUUUAAAGAAUACAACCUUAGCAACCAAAAGGAGUGGUUGUAGUGGAGGGAGAAAGAGAAAACACUAGAAGAAUCUGUCAAUAAAUACCUGUACUAAAGCUUCUUCAUAUUGACAGGAGAAUAUCUAUGUACAAUAUGAUUGGAGUUAUUUGUGUGUGAAAAAUAAAUAAAUGAAAGUUUAAACAAUUCAUUCAAAAA